AUGGAUCACUUCAUGUUCUUGCGCUUGCUUUUUCUUCUCUCAUUGUUCCUCGUUUUACUCACGGUUUCUUUGUCCUCUCUGCAGCCACUUUGCCUUGAAGAUGAGAGAUCAGCCUUGUUGCAAUUCAAGGAUAGCUUUGUUAUAGACAAGUCUGCUUCAUCAUAUCCUUCUGCAUGUUCUAAGCUUGCAUCAUGGACUCUGGAAGGAGAGAAUGGUGAUUGCUGCGUAUGGGAUGGGGUCAACUGUAAUCAGGAAACAGGUCAUGUUAUCGAUCUUGAUCUCAGUGGCAGUUGUCUCUAUGGUUCUAUAAACUCUAAUAGUAGCGUUUUUCGCCUUCUUCAACUUCAAAGUCUUAAUCUUGCUGAUAAUGACUUUAAUAACUCUCAAAUCCCAUUGGCAGUUGGCAAUCUUUCGAGGUUAACCCAUCUCGACCUCUCCUACUCCAUGUUUUCAGGACAAAUCCCUGAAACUUUGGCAAAUUUAUCUUCUUUGACAACUCUAUAUCUAGAAUAUUGUCAAUUGCAUGGGGAAUUUCCAACAAAAAUUUUUCAACUACCAAACUUACAAGUUCUUUCGAUAAGAUUCAAUCAGAAUCUCACUGGUCAUUUGCCUGAAUUUCACUCUACUAGUUCUCUUAAGGAUUUGACACUUGAGAGCACAAGUUUUUCUGGUAAACUACCGACUUCAAUUGGAAACUUAAGUUCUUUACAUGUUUUAUAUGCUCGGAAUUGCUAUUUCUCUGGAUCUAUCCCACCUUCACUCAGUAAUCUCACCCAACUCACAGAACUAGUCCUUUCAAACAAUAAAUUGAGUGGGAUGUUGGAGUUAGACAUGUUUCUUAAGAUCAAAAGUUUAAGUGUGCUUAUGCUAUCAUCCAACAAUUUGACAUUGCUAACCAAGGCCAAUUCAAAUGACACUCUUGCACAGUUUCACACUCUAGCAUUGGGUUCUUGCAAGUUAGGGAAGUUUCCAGAUUUCUUGCGUAACCAAAACAAAUUGAGUUGGCUUGAGCUUGAAUCCAACAAUCUUCAAGGCUUAAUCCCCAAAUGGUUGUAUAAUACGAGUUUAGAAACUCUUAGGGCUAUAAUUCUUCAUGGAAAUUUUCUAAUAGGCUUUGAGCAAUCUCCAAUUGUUCUCCCAUGGUCUAAACUAGAAAUUUUAACUCUAGGAUAUAACCGGCUACAAGGAUCACUCCCCAUUCCACAACCAUCUAUCAAGAUUUAUCGUGUCCGAAGGAACUUGAUAAGAGAAAUGUCACUGUUGAUUUGCAAUCUGAGUUCACCUGAAGUACUUGAUUUUUCCUAUAACAACAUCACUAGCAAGCUUCAUCCAUGCUUAGGAAACUUCAGUUCUUUGUCUGUACUUCUUCUACAAAGCAACAACUUCCAUGGCAACAUCCCAAAAACUUGGGCAAUGGGAAGCAGCUUAAAGAUGAUUGACUUAAGUGAAAACCAAUUCCAAGGUCAGCUACCAAGGUCAAUGGCAAACUGUAUGAUGCUACAGUAUCUUCAUGUUGGUAACAAUCAGAUCAAUGACACUUUUCCCUUUUGGUUGGGAACUCUUUCUCAGUUGAAGGUUCUUGUCCUCCGUUCUAAUGGAUUUCAUGGUGGAAUAAAGAGUCAUAAAAUCAAUUAUACAUUCCCCGAGUUGCAUAUCAUUGAUCUCUCUCAUAAUAGUUUCACUGGAAAAUUGCCCGCAGAGUAUUUCCUACAUUGGAAUGCCAUGAAAGUUGUUGGUGCAAAUGAUCAAUUGAUAUACAUGGAGCUAGGGUUUGCCGGAGACGGGUGGGAUUCUUCUGUCCAAUACACGGAUACAAUGACAAACAAAGGCAUAAAGUUGGAGUACGAGAAAAUCCAAGAUUUGUUCAUGGUCAUUGAUUUCUCGAGUAAUAGAUUUGAAGGAGAAAUUCCAGAAGUUGUGGGGAGUCUUAAAGGUCUUAAUUCGCUAAAUCUUUCCAAUAAUGCUUUCACUGGUCAUAUCCCAUCAUCUUUAGGGAACUUGACACAUAUAGAAUCAAUGGACCUUUCUCAAAACAAGUUGUUUGGAGAGAUACCUCCACAACUAACACAACUCUUUUUCCUUGCAUCCUUUAAUGUCUCCAACAACCGUCUCACAGGGCCUAUACCACAUGGAAGUCAAUUUGACACAUUUGGAAAUAGUUCAUUUGGAGGUAAUUCAGGAUUGUGUGGAAGGCCGUUAUCAAAGAAAUGUGGAGAUUUCAAGUACCCUCAGACUCCACCUUCUCCCUUUGAAGUGAAUGAAAGCUCAGAGUCUUCAUUUGAAUUUGGUUGGAAAGUAGUUGCCAUAGGGUAUGCAUGUGGAUUUGUAAUAGGAGCUAUAAUUGGGCAAAUUGUGAUUGCAAGGAAGUAUCAUUGGUUUUUGAAGAUUUUUGGAAAGAUGUAG